CCUAGAUGGUGUACAAAAAGGUUUGUUAUGAUUUAGACAAAGUACACCUUAUAGGUAUACUUCAUGAUUUAGACAUGAUUUAGACUAGGGAAAGAAAUGUCUCGCGAGCUAAGCAACUGGCAAGAACUAUUAGAUUCCUUCACGGAAACUGGAGUAAGACAAGGCAAAGUCAGUAAAAUCCAUCAAACUAGGAGCAACAAUGCUGAAAGAAUUAAAAUUCUUCUCAAAGACGAGGAAUUACGAGUUGUUCUGCUCAAGUGGAUGAAUCAUCAGGUGAAACGUCAAAGAAGUCUAGAAGCUGCAAAAUGUUUUAGAGAAACAGGAAACAGACAGUUUUCUUUAAAAGAUUAUACAGCCUGCAUAGAAAUGUACUCACAGAGCAUUCUCAGUUGCCCUGUGGAAAAUGAAGUUGAACUCAGCUUGGCUCUUGCGAAUCAUUCUGCAGCUCUAUUCCAAUUGGAUUUAUUUGAAGAUUGCCUACAAGACAUCCGUGUGGCACUAACGAAGAAUUAUCCUAGUCACCUGCUGCCUAAAAUCCUUACAAGAAAAAUCAAAUCCUUGCAAAAAUUGGGCCGGCAAUCCUCAGUUGAUGAUAGGAUCAUACCUUUCUGUGGAGAGAAUCUGUCUUUUAAAGGAGCUAGCGCUGCCCUAGAUUUCAGGCAUUCCUUAGAGAAAAGUCGUUAUGUUGUAGCAAACAGAGAUAUUAUGGCAGGAGAAACUCUUUUUGUGGAACAACCUAAUGCCCUAGUGGUUCUGCCCGACUUCCAGACUACGCGUUACCAUCAUUGUACUCGCGAGCUGCCACUAACGAUACCCUUGUUUAUCUUGUGGCAAAAUCUGGUUUUCCCUGCACAGUUUCAAAUGACAUUGUGUAGAUCAUGCAAAACGCAGCAAAGUUAUUUCACUCAACUGAAGGCGGAUCUAGAGGCAGUAUCGCUUGAUGCUAGAGGAACAGAAGCAAUGGAUCAGGGCGAUAUAAUGGAAGCCAUUAAACUGUUAACUAAAUGUGUUCAAUUGCGAAAGAGAGCCUUGUUCAAAGGACAUCCAGACUUGGGAAAGAGCGCAGAUAAAUUGGCACAAUGUUGUGCAUUUAUAGGAAAUUAUGAAGAAUGCGAAAAGAUGUUACGAAUCUCGCUUAUUGCUGUUGAGGAGCGGUACGGUAGGUACAGCAUUGAGAUGGCAAAUGAAUUACAAAAAUUCACGGAUGUAUUAAUGGAGCUGGCGUCGAGUAGAAACCAAGACUUGCGAGAUGAGCUAGUGAGGCAUUUGGAAGAGGCCAUGUUCAUUUACCGCAUUCACUACGGUGCUUGGAGUCAUAGUUACAAAGAAUUGCAACGUAAAAAAAUUCAUUUGACUACCUUGUUGAUGAAGUGAUUUAGAUUUGGACACACAAGAGGGCUCUGUCAAUACAAUAAUUAUUUCGGCAUAAA